UGGUAUGUGUGUCAGGUCAAACCAGGCGAAGUGAAACCAGUUCACAGACUGGCUCAAAUAACGCAGCAACCAAGUUACCGCUCGCUAUAUAUUACUUAACAACCAUAUAUGAAUGCAGCUGUAUAAAUAUAUCCAUCCGUGCUUCAGCUGAGGAGGUUGUCCAGAGACGCCGUAGUGUUCAUCAUGGCAGACCGCAAAGAAGUGGACAUUUCUGUCAAUCCCCAGGUUCCCCCCAAGCUGAUAGAGAACACAGGAAAGGACACUUCUUCCACAACCACCACCACCCAGGAGUGUGCCAUCUGUCUGCAGAGGUGCAUCCAUCCUGUACGUCUCCCAUGCUGCCAUGUCUUCUGUUUCCUGUGUGUGAAAGGUGCGUCCUGGCACAGCAAGCGCUGUGCUCUUUGUCGACAUGAAAUCCCCGAGGACUUCCUGGAGCGGCCGGUUCUCCUCUCUCCUGAAGAGCUGAAGGCAGCAGCUUCAGGGCUGAGCCAAAGUGGCAGUGGGUCCCGAGGCGACUAUGCAUGGUACUACGAGGGACGCAACGGAUGGUGGCAGUAUGACGAGAGGACGAGCGCAGAGUUGGAGGAGGCUUUCACGAAGGGCACCAAGAGCACGGAGAUGCUUAUUGCAGGGUUUCUUUAUGUAGCUGAUCUGGAAAAUAUGGUGCAAUAUCGCAGGAAUGAGCAUGGCCGAAGACGCAAAAUAAAGAGGGACGUUGUAGAUAUCCCCAAGAAGGGGGUGGCAGGACUGAGGUUGGAGCCUGAACCUGUCCCUGCCCCUACUCUUCCAGCUGUUGCCUCAGCAACAUCAGAACGUGUCAGCUCAGCUGAUGGAUCAGACUCCGAAAACCAAUCGCAGUCUUCAUCAUCUGGAAUCAUGCUGUCCGUUCCUCCUGUUAGACCCCAAACUCUCCUGGGACGCCAUCUUACCAGUCCCCUGUCUCCGUCACUGUCACCCCUGGAACAAACUUUCUCUCGGCUCCUAAUCAGUCAGCCAGAGGAUGAAGAGGUGGAUGGAGACGACGGGCUCCAGGCAUAUGAGUUUGCAUCUGGAAGUAGUGAGAGUGAAGAGGAGGAGAAGGAGCCCAACGGAGCAGAAUCCACACCCCAGGGAAGACAGGCGCAAAGACCACUGAGGGAGAGUCAGCCAACCAGAAUUCCUCCUAGAGGCUCCAGCUCUGCCAUCAAUGUCCGCUCUCGCAGUCCGGAUGGACAAUGCAGUGUAACAGAAGUGUGACUGCCUACAGAUGAAACCUAAGCUCUUAUCAGUUCAGCAAAAAAGUUUGAAAACUAAUAGGCAUCUUAAAAUGUUUACAUGCCGAAAAUGAUGUUCGUCUUAAUCUGGUUUCUACUUGUUUUUACAUCCCAGUCAUUGUGGGGCAGUCAAAGAUCUUGGUCCAUCUUAAUGUAGUUGUCGUUUUGUGGGCAGCUCAAUAAAUGCCUGCCAAUCAAGGCUACACAACUUCAGAGACAAUUAAAAGGAAUCAGGUCACAGAUGUUUUUGAGUUUAUCCUGUUGACAUAAUUGCAAUCAUAUAAAAAAAAAAAAAAAGAAAAACCCCCUCUAUCAGUUUUACAGCUUUACCUGUGAGCACACGAUGAAACAUUAUCUGGUCUUCAAAUUUGGUAGAUGAACCUCAGACUUGCGUGUCGUGAUGUGUAAAAUCUGAAUUAUAAAGAGUGUUUUUCUUUUUCAGACGGCUAUACUAUACAUCCUAGAAUAUCUGAGGUAAACUCAUUCAUCUUUUGCAGUCCUUUACCUGUGUUGCAAUCAGAACUAGAUUAAACAAUAGAGGCUAAGUUUGAAGCCACUUUAAAUAUGUUUUUUUUGUCAAAGUUUGAAAUGGAAAUAUGCGGUACAGACCAAAAGUUUGGACACCUUCUCAUUCAAACAAAUGGGGAAGUGUGUCCAAACUUUUGGUCUGUACUGUAUGUGAUAAUGGCAGUUGUGCAGCAAAAACAACAGGCUUGUUUUCAGACAAAAGCAGAAGUGUCUGAUUGCAUACUGAGUGGGUUAGCCAGCAGAUCUUUAUUCAACUUAUGCGAAUAAUGCAAAGUAGAAACAUUGUCAAUACACCUUAAACUUUUUAUUCACAUGAAAGGUAGCUCAAAUAUGUCUUGGUGCUGAUCCCACUGAAACUGUACGAAGCUUGGCGUCCCCGUUGAUCAUCCUCCCUGCUUGUGCGCUUUUUGGGUCUGCUGACCUUUUAUUAACCUCAUUCACUGGUGGAGAAUAAUACUUGAUCACAAAACCCCCUGAGCCAGUGAUCACAGCCAUGUCUGCAGAAGUAUGACCCAAGAUGCACCGGUCUGUGGCUGUAGUCAUGGAACAAUGUGAGAAUGCAUCAUUAUGAAGCAUUAUAUGCCCACAACCCAUCAUCUGUCAUUCACAUCAUCUGCAUCAGUGCAAUACAACAUCUUUGAAAUUAAAUGUAUGCUUUGUUUUCCCCUUUGAGUUAUUUUAUUUGGGUGAUGCUUUAGUAAUCAUUCCUCUCUCUCCGAAAUGAUGAAGUAAAAGUUGAGCUUUAUUUAUGUACCACAUGCAGAUGGUAAAAAAUGUUCUUUCCUUUUUCUUUCCUUUUUUGCUGUUGACUUAAAUCAUUAUGCAAUAUCUCUAACUAUUUAAACUGGACUUAAUGUGCAUUUAUGUGAGAUGGCAUAGGGAGACUGCACUCCCUCUGUUUUAGCGUUAAAGUGUUAUUUUAGUAAUGACAUACGUUUGUGUCAUUGUGAACAGGACAAAGUGCUGAAAAGCUACUGGCAGAUCCACUGGAAAGUAUUAGUUUAUAUAUGUAGAGAGACACAUUUGGAUUUCUAUUUCUUGUCACGGUAUUCUCAGCAGGGCCAUUAUCAGAGCGCUGGCAUGGACACACACUUGGAUGAGCUCAGGCUGUCCUUAGACUGUCCUCAGACUGUUCUCGCACUUUCCCUUCUCCUUCUGCUCCGGCUCCUGUUGCUUUACUCUCAUCUUUUUGCUGUCUUGUCUCCUACAAUGUAAUAACCUGAAACACAUUUCUGUCUGUGUGGUGUUUCUCUUUGUUGUAAUAUGUUACGACAAUAAAAGUGUUUAU